GUUCUGUUGCAUCACGGUGCAAGUGUAAGUUGGGUUCUUCUGCUGGUAUUGAACAGUUGUUCGUCAGUACAGUAGUCGAUCAAGAAGAAAAUCUAACCUGUCCUUGGAAUGUCAGCUUCAACUCUUAAAACAUACCAACCUAAUUAUGAUAAUAAUGAGGGCGUGCUUAUACCACUACUGUCGGCUGUGUAUACCAAGUCGUGGAAAUGCAUGGAACUUCUACUACAGACUGGAGAAAUUUGAAUUUGCCUAACUCCUCCUCGUUUCUCCGGUUGACCCUGUGCCGAGCCAUAAACCAAGCCCAAAAAGCUUCAAAAUGUUAUAUUUAUGAUGUGACAGUACAAAAUUCUUAUGGACCAUAAUAAUGGGAGUAAUAAUUCUGGAGGUUUCGAGAAGCACUCAAGAGUCUUAUUACUUGCCAUUUGCGAACCACAUGCUUCUGCGGGUGCUGACCCAAAUUUUGCAUCAUAUGGAGAUACACCUCUGACAGUUGCAGCAACGGUUGGAGGCGUAGAUGAAAUUACUCGCUUACUGGAAGCUGGUGCAGAUCCUAAUCAUAAAACCAGUGAAGGGAUGACAGCACUGCAAAUUGCUGCUAUUGGGGGAAUCAUCAAAAUGUCAGGGUUGUUUUUCCUGUGACGUCUCGCGUUCCAACUUAUCCUGAUUGGAGCAUCUCCGGACUAAUGAGGCAUGUAAAUUCUGAUGCAAAUAAAGUGCUGAGGGAAGCCCAUAAGAAGGAGAAAUUUCACCAGGCAAAACAAAAAGAAAGUGGUGCAUUUCUGAGAGAACAAUAUCUGACGGCAGCAAUUUGGUUCAAAGAGGCCUCGGCCAUCUUCCCAGAAGAUGCAGCUGUACUCUCCAACACGAGUGCCUGUUAUGCGCAUCUGGAUGACGGAAUCAAGGCGCUUGACUAUGCCACUAAAUGCGUGCAUGAAAGGCCUGAGUGGUCCAAGGCAUACUACAGGAUGGGUGUCGCACUCAGUAUACAGAAAGUAUUGAAAUACCAUGAUGCAGCUAAUGCCUUUAACAAGGGUUUGACGUUUGAUCCGGAAAACGAGGAGCUUAAAGAUGCGUACAUGAAAGCCAUUGAAGCUUGAUUGGACUCUCUCCAAGUGUAAGAAGAUAGUGUUGAGUAAUCAUGUGGAGAUGAAAGCAUUAAGAUGACGAAAAAUAUUUUCCCAUGGGAACAAAUGAAGUACUCUAGAAGAUAUAAUUAGUAGCAUAGUUUGCUCUUGAUUUUAAUCGUACUCUAGAAGAUAUAAUUAGUAGCAUAGUUUGCUCUUGAUUUUAAUCGGUUGUCUUAACUAGGAAAAUUCUUUUUCUGGUACUUAUUUUGCUCUUACUGCUGGCUAUGAUCGGUUGUCUUUGACGAUUUUUUUUUUCCUUCUUUUUUUACCAAAUAUUGGUUUGUUAGGGAAACAACGAGGGGGCUGUAUCAUAGUUUGCUCUAGAUAUUCUCAACUUCUCCUAAUUUGUCA